AUGGCUUCCAAAGAAGUUGUACUCGUUGCAGGUGGUGCUGGAACUGUUGGAUCCGGUAUUGCUUUGCAAUUCCUUAAAGAAGGAAAACUGGUUGUUGUUCCCUCUCGAAGAAAGGAAGCAUUAGAAGAAUUGAAAAAACAAGUAGACAAGGAAUUUUCCUCCAACUUGAUCACCAUUCACCAAACUGAAGAGGAUCCAGAGAAAGCGGCUGCUCAUUUGAAAAAUGAAAUUCUUGAAAAGUAUGGACAUGUGGAUCAUGUUGUUUCAUCUCUUGGCAGUUGGUGGCAAAACAGUCACCCGACGGAGACCUCUGUAUCUGAGUAUCUUGAGUUGUUACGAAAUUUACUGUUGAGCCAUUUUGUGAUUGCACAACAGUUUUUAACAGUACCAAACUUGAAAACUUAUACCAUCAUUACAGGUGCUGCAGGUGAAAGAGUAAUGUUCUCCAAGAUGGGACUGCUAACCUCAGCUGUGAGUGGAUUGUUUGGUCUAAUCAAAGCUCUCAAUAAGGAAAUUGAGGAAAAGAAACUGAGUGUUAAAUUGAAUGAACUUCGAAUUGCAGCAUAUAUUCAAAAGCCCUCUGAGGUAACUCAAUCGAGCUUCUCCAAUCAAGUUAUUGGAGAAUACGUCUCCAAGAUUGUGAAACAAGAUGUAGGAGGCAAAACGUAUUCCUUCAGAAAUACUACUGAUUUGGAACAGUUAACUACACGUUAA